AUGUUUCACAUAAAAUCAUCUGGCGGGAAAUUAUGGACAUGAGACGUGUGCAAAAAUCGUUCAUCAAAGCGAAACAAAAUAACGAUUUUGGAGAUUGAUAUCUAGCUCAGUGUGUUGUAUAUAAAACUGACAAUGGAAGACAAUGAGAAUGAAACCACAGAAAAUAUGGACGGUUUAAAUGAAGAAAGUGAGUACGAUGACCCUCUUGUACGCAGAAAAGUCCGAGCUGAUUAUCGAAUGUUGCACAAUGAUAUUGAAGAACAAGGUGAAGAAGUAAUUCAUCCAGAUUCAACAAAAUUGAUGCAAUACUUUGAGAAAGGAGAAGCCUUGUUUCAAAAAGUACGGCACCCACGCGAAGCUGUCCAAGAUUCCACGUUUCUGUUAACACUAACAAAAAAAAGCAGGGAACAAGCACAGCACCUAAAAACAGAUGUUGUAUCAUUUGAUAACUGUACAUUCGCAGAAAAAUUAAUAUCUUAUGUGAAUGGAAGACAUGUAACGAGUGAUGACAAAGAGGACGUGGACCUUAGUAAUGAUGCUUGGAAGAAGUUGGGUGAUCGUGCAGCAUCAUGUUUCAAAACCACACCCAAGUUUGAUUUCCUAUUGGGUCCUUUGGUCAUUGAAGUUGUUGUCAAGGAGAAAAGAGUUGCGGAAAGACGACAAAAAGUUCCAGAAGGAGAAGUUUUAAAGCUAAAGCAGAUUGAUAGUGUGGAGAAACAAGAAGAAGCCACAACAAAGGAGGUCGAGAGGGUCUACAAAUUGUUAAAGAAAGCCACCCAAGGUGGGAAAAGUCCAGUUUGUUUGUUCCGAUUCAUAAUUAACCCAGACUCAUUUGGACAGACGAUCGAAAAUUUGUUCCAUUUCUCUUUUUUGGUCAAGGAUGGCCGUGUGAUAGUUGACCUGGAUGAGGAUGAGCUGCCAAUUGUCAACCUUCAUAAAGAAUACAGAGAAAAAGAUUACGAAGAAAUCGUCUCUCGAAAACAAGUCGUCAUGCCGCUAAACAUGCGUGAUUGGAAGGAACUUAUCGACGUAUAUGGUAUCACGGAAUCUAUGAUACCGACGAGAAAAUCCGUACUGUCAACCUAAGAAACAUGGUGAUAACCCACUAUUCAUGAUGUUCUCUCCACCUGGAUUGAAAUUCAGAGGGCGUCGCAUACGGCGUGAUCCUAUGUUCAUUCUUGUAACGAUACCAUUAAGAGAAACGGACUGAAAAACCGUUUACGAGCAACUUACAAGAAACUUACGAGCAACUUACGAGUAACUUGCGAUAACGAUUAUUUUUAAAACUAACAGUGUGGGACGGAGGUUUUCCUCUAGAAAAUUAAUUUAUAUUUUUAUAGUCGCUUUUUGAAGAUACAAUAUAUUUUUACUUGUGUUA